GAUAAAAUGUUUUACGGUUAACGGGUCUUCUAAUGUCCUUUUUAGUGCAGCAUACGCAAGCACCUGCACGCCCUUGACCAGUAGCGGUCGGUGGUAGACUAUUCGUUUCUAAUUUUUCGUGUAAAGGACGACCUGAAGACUGCAGUUAAGCAUCGGGUUUGGACUGAGGCCGGGUACUCAUUAUGCUCGCAUACAGUAUGAAGAAGCCUGCAGCGGCCCGGAGCAAAUAAAACGGUCUUCUCGGAAGGCCUUUGCAUUCCGACCCCACAUAGCAAUGUCCCCAUGCUUUCAGUCGAAAUGGAAAGCCUUUAAGAAUGGAUCCAGCUCCGGACGUUGCGAAGCAUGGCUCGUCGGAUGAAAAGAUACUGGUGUCCACGGUAUAUAGCACGGUAUAUAGAGAACUCUGGUGUCUGCGGUCCACCAGUCUGGGUCCUCUCUCCUCCAGCCUCCAUAAGCCGAAUGUUACCCUGAUUGCCGCUCUCACUACGCUGAGACCCUAUUGGUCGGCGACUCCGUCCGGUUCCGCCCUCGUCCGGGCGUCGCACCAAUCAGCGACUCCGUUCACCCGGCCCGCGGUAAAAGCGUGGGAGGGAGCCACCGGGCUCUCCCAGUUUCUCACUCUCCGCUGAGAUCCCAGUGUGUGCGUCCGUGCUAGUGCCUCCCACACGACGCCAGAGCCAUGGACGACGCCGCGGCGAAGCUGCACUUUGCCUCUCUGCUGGGGAUGCCGCCGCAGCUCAUGUACCCGUUCAUGUUUCCGCCGGCGGCGUGCACGCUCUACCGCACGCCGACCAGCUCGCCGUCGUCGAGCCCGCCCGGCUCGCCGGCGCUCGCCGGUUGCGAGGGCUCCCCGCCGUCCAGCAAGUCGUUCACCAUUGACGCCAUCCUGGGCCUGCGACCGUCGCAGGAGCGCGCCAUGGAGCCGCAGCACUGCGCCCGCCUCACAGUCGAUGGAGCGACGGACGCGCACAAGGAGAAACUGGGCGCGUCCGGUCGGCGCGUGGGGCGGCCGAAGCGCGUGCGCACCAUCUUCACCACGGAGCAGCUGGACAGCAUGGAGAAGGCCUUCACCAUGCAGCAGUACAUGGUCGGCAAGCAGCGCUGCCACCUGGCCAAGACCCUCAACCUGCACGAGAACCAGGUGAAGGUGUGGUUCCAGAACCGCCGGAUCAAGUGGCGCCGUCAGAACCUGGAGCGGGAGCAGGCCCGGCUGGGCCAGCUCUCUCGGCGCUCCGACUCGCCGCCGGCCGGCGCCGGCCGCGAGCUGUCGCAGCUCGAGUGUCCCGCCAGCCCGGCCAGCGCCGGCGACCGCCGCUCGCCGGCCCUGGAGAGCUCGCAGCUCGACCAGCGCCGGGAGCACACAGAGCUGCCGAAGCUCUGUGACCCGCCGGUCGUCACUGAGACGUAACAGCCCAUUGAGGCGGCCCGAGAACCCAGGUGGUGUUUGACCGGGACUAUGUCUUCCAUGUUCUGGUAAUCGAGCUAAACUUCGGUCGCCAAUAUUUCGUCAUCAGACAUUCGUGUUAAAUAAGGCACAGGUUCACAACGUUAAUCUUUCCGCUUAUCCGAUCUUCAUACAUCUAUUGGUCAUUUUUUUUCGAGCCUGAUGAAUUUUUGUCUCUGCACAACACCUUCGACGUAGUUUCGUUGUCUGAUGUGUUAUUUAUUGAGCGUGUUCCUACGAGUGAUUGGGCAGCAGCUGUGCCCGCAAUGUUCGUGCGUUAGAUGCUGAUGUCACUUGGUAGAGGUGGGAGCUUUUGGUGUUCGUUUGAUCUGUGAUAAAGAAGAAUGCAUAUAUUCUCGGCAUGCAAUCUUAGAAAUAGAUAUGGAAAAAGUAAGCCUGAGUCGGUCGUCCGAUGAUUCAACUUUGCAGAAAUGAUAGCGUCAUAACCGUUUUGAAAACUAUUUAUUUCUAAUAUGACACGGACUAUGUGCGUACCUUUACCUACAAGAUGAAACUUAACAUUUUACGUUUGAUAGCUUGCAGCAGAAAAGCAAGACCCUAUAUGUCUGUUACCAGACGGUGCGAUAUUUUUAUUUGAGUCCUCCCUAACGUAUAAUCUAAACGUGUCGUCAAGUUAAGUCCGUAUACAUACAUUUACGAUACGGAUAUUUCACUUGUGCAUGCUCGGUAUGUCAGUGGUAUCCAUUAGCCUGUAAAUAUUGAUCAACAUAUGUAAUAUGUAUGUGUUAUUGUAAGAAUACAAGCCCCGAUGCAUCA